AUGGACCGAGUUUGGUUCGGCGCCGUAGUGGUGCUUCUAGCGUUCAGCACCUGCGCCACCGCAACAACAAAAUCUGAGUCUCUCAUCAGUGCCACAGGCAAACCAAAGCGAGAAGCGCCUCUUUCCAGCGGCUACCAUGGACCAUCUUAUAAGUAUUUACCACCAGCGCCCGCCUCGAUAGGUAUCAGUGGCAACGGUUAUGAUAGCUACAGCAGCCAUAGCAGUAAUUCGGCUAGUUUCGGCGCGAGCGGUAGUGCUGGCUUAGGUUAUGACUUUGGUGGCGCUAGCGUUCACGCGAGCGCACCAAAAGUUGAGACAUACAUUGUGCAGACGGAGCCUGCGCAUGGUGGCUACAGUGGCGGAGUGAGCAGUCAUGGCGGCUCAGCGUACAGCGGUGGCAGCAGUGGUCAUUUCGGCGCUGGUCUUAGCAGUGGCGGCGGCAGCGGCGGUGGAUAUCGUUACAGCAGUGGCGCGUCCAGCUCCCAAGCCGGCACCUUGGCCUUGCUGGGGCACAGCAAUUUUGGAGGUGGCAGCAGCGGCGUCAGUAGCAGCAGUAAGUUCCACACCAAAGCGCGCCCACAAAUACAAACUUACAUUAUAGCGGCCAACUCAUUAGCGAAUGGUGGAGGUAGCAGUUUUGGCGGCGGUCAUGCGGUGCAUUCAAGUGGCGGCAGUGGCAGUAGCGCUGGCUUUGGCAGCGGUGGCUAUCAGUACACACCCAGCUUUGGCGGUGCAUCGCACUCGAGCGCGGGUGGAUUUGGUGGCGCGCAUGGUAGCGGCUUUGGCGGUGGGCACGGCGGAAGCAGCUCAUUUGGCGGUCACUCUAGCGGCGGCUUCGGCGCACAUGGCGGCAAUUCAGUAACAUUCAAUUCUCUACAAGGAUAUAGCUAUAGCGGCAAUGCUGGCAGUGGCGGUGCAGCAUUCGGUUUGGGCAGCAGAUCGCAUGGCUCUCUGGCUGGUCAUGGCAGCGGCAGCAGUGGUGCGACAAUUUCAUUCGCCGGUGGUAAUGCAGGUUACAGUGGCCAUGAGUAUGUGCAGAGUGCACCUAGCAUACCAUCGACCAAUUAUGGAAUACCUGCUGGCCCUGCUAUUACAUCCUAUCAAGGCGCUAGUGGUGCAGGUAAUUCAUAUCACAGCAGCGGUUAUGAUACGCCCUCCUAUGCGGCGGGACACAAAGGCUUGGGUCAUUUCAGUUUCAGUGCCAGCAAGCCACAUGCUUUAAAUGUCGAUUUUGGCUCUUCUGGCCACUCCGGCCAUUCCGCACACAGUGUAAGAGCACCCUUCAAGCCGUCCACCCUUUUGGGUACCUCCCAUGAGGUGUCCGCACCAGCCUCUCAGUAUUUACCACCCACAUCAGCUGGCUACGAGUACCAAUCGGAAUCUGUGUUGCACAGUGGCACCUCGGCAGCUGGCAGCGCAUCCACGGCCAUAAAUGAGCCAAACUCUGCAUACUUGCCGCCAGUGUCUACACCUGGAUCAAGCUACUUGCCACCGCAUCAUCACUGAUAGACGCACGCAAUACUUAAACGCAAAUUGAUACUCACCAUUUCAUUGCUCACCCUCGUCGGGCGGCUUCAUCCGGUGAAUCGCUGGAAAUUCUUUGCAUACGCCUCUUUUCGCUGCUAUUUAUUU